ACGAGUUAAGAGCUGGCCAUCAAUGGCUGAAGUAGAAAAAGCGGGCAGAAUUGCGAAGAGGAGAAAGAUGGGAGAUAGAAAAGCAGCAGAAAAGUGGCCUCUCAUUAAACCCAAAAAGAAUCUCCAAAUUACUCGUCUCAAAGACACCGAUCUAUUUACUGUGCAAGAUUUCUUCUCUUCUGCCGAAGUAAAGGCAUUUGUUAAAGCUGCAGAAUCUAUUGGUUUUGCUCACCAAGGGAGUCUGGGUCCAACACAUGGUGAAGCUUAUAGAGAUAAUGAUAGACUUUCUGUCAAUGAUCCUGUUCUUGCAAAUGCGGUGUGGGAGUCAGGACUAAGCAAAUUGUUUUCUGACAUUAAAAUUCGGGGGAAGGUUGCUGUUGGCUUGAAUCCAAAUAUCAGAUUCUACAGGUACAAGGUUGGUCAGCGCUUUGGACGACAUAUUGAUGAAAGUGUUAAUCUGGGUGAUGGGAAGCGCACUCAUUAUACUCUUUUAAUAUAUUUAAGUGGUGCAACUAAAGCAAAAACUAAAACUGAUCCGAACAGCCAGAAGGAUUCUUCCUCAGAGCCUCUAGUUGGAGGAGAGACUGUCUUCUAUGGACCAAGGAAUAGUGUCGUGGUAGAUGUGGCUCCUGUUGAAGGGAUGGCUCUCCUACAUAUUCAUGGGGACAAGUGCAUGCUGCAUGAAGCUCGGAACGUUACUAAGGGUGUGAAAUACAUUUUUCGUUCUGAUGUAUGUUUUGCUUGAAGCUCUAUGAUCAUUUUUAUAUCAAGCAAGCUCUGUAAGCUUUUCAUUUAGGUUCCUCCAGUUAUGCUCUCUUAUAUUUUCCAUGUGCUAAAAUGGAACCCGAACUUCUCCUUGUAAUUUUUUAUUAUUCCUGGGUUCUUCCUGGGAUUAUAUUUAAAAUUUUGGCAUAUCUUGUUGUAAUUUAUUAUCCUUCUCAGACGAACCCAAUUUUUGUAUUGUGGAGGCAACUCAACAUGCAAAAUGAGCCAGACUUGGUGUACCUCUUGUAAUGCCAAGAUCAUCUAUCUAAGAGAUCUGGAUUCCAUUGUUCUUUCU